AUGUGCACUACAAACAUCUACACAUACGUCCACCCCGAUGGACGUCGCGAGCAGUGGUCACAACCUACGCUCUGCGCAAACUCUCGCCAUGGACAAGUCUGCGCCAGCAACUUUCUAUUCGAGCACCCAGUCCAAUACGUUCCUGCUCCCUACGACGCUUCUUCCUACCCCUAUGCUACUCAACUCCCCCCUACACCCCAGUAUAGCCCUGCCCCUUCUACACCGUCGGGCUCAUACCGCUCAGGAGAUGAAUCAGACCGCUCAUACACUAGCAACGGUAGCAAGAAGAAGCGAUCGUCUGGAGUCUACAUCAACGGCCAGAAGGUUCUUGAUCUGAACCGCCGUGAGCGUCGACCAAGCUCUCGUCACCAGGAGAGAAUCGUCUUGGUCGAUAACCCCCCUACACCACGCACUCCUCCCCAGCAAUGGAAUGCCCCUCACACUGCCCCUGCAUCACCCAUCUCAAACACAUACAUCGUCGACUCUUCACGGGACCCUAACAAGCGCCGCCCCGUCAUCGUUGAUGAGCGAACUCUUCAACCUGACCAGCGCCGCGUCCAGAUCGAAGUCGUUGACAACCACCACCGCUCCAAGCACCACCGCCACUCAUCGAGCGGCUCUCGACACUCCGACCAAGAGGAGGAGCGUCGCCAACGCCGUCGCGAGGAGAAGCGCCGAGAGGAAGCUGAGCUUCGUCUGCGCACUCGCAUCGCAGAGGCCAACGCAAAGAUUGCCUCUCGACCUGUCGCCCCUGCCCCUGCUCCUCCCAAGCGCUCUGCUACCUACAAGCGCCCCUCCGUUGAAGUCGUCGACAGCCAAGCAGUUCUCGCUGAUGAGCUUCGACGCUUGAGCUUUGAGGAGGAGCGUCGUGAGGACAAGGCACGCCGCCUUGCCCGUCGCGAGGAGAAGAAGGAAGAAGAGGCUCAGCGCGAGCGUCUCCGCGAGCGCAUGCAGCCCAAGCGACGACUCACAAUCGGCGCUGGCAGCAGACGGCCGUCUGAGAUGUACGAGCCAGGAGUGUACCGAUAUGAGUAA